AUGGAUGAAUCUCACAGCUUCUCUAUGGGUCUACGGUUUUUGAAAUCUCGACUGUCCAACAGGGACUACAAGCACGAGGAGUCAUUGAAACAGGCUCCUUCUUCGCCGGUUUCCUCUACUCGAUUGAGCUUGAAGGAGAAUGAGGCCAUUGGCACGAAAAAGGAGCCGUCCAUGACAAACACAAAAAGACGCCGGAGCUUUUUCAAUUUGAGAACACCCAGAGACAAACCGGAGACAACCAACAUCUCGCUUUCGGAUGAAAGUGACACCAAUUACGCCAGUACCCCUAAAAUCAACUGUAUCAAUAACGCCGGGAUCGAUCUCUUAAGCUGCGAACUUGACCCAGCUGACCAGAUAAGUAUGACCCAGGAGAAGGAGGAUGACAAGUCGGUUAGACCACAAAGCAACGCUUUGUCCGAGAUCUUGCAACCAGAAAAUGUCCAACCUGAUUCCGAGGAAAAUCAAUUAUUGUCAUCAAAACCAGCAAAACAGCCAACACCAAACGAGGGAAAGGCAGAUACCAAAAAGGAACCGACAGAUUCGGAUUCAAGCGCCGAGAUUGUCACGAUCUCCAAGAAUGCUGUCGACAUAGCCUCGUCAACAAAAACAGCCCCAACAUAUCUCUCCUCCACUUUUUUCACUCCUACCAAACAAUUGACGUCUUUGUUUGUUGGAGAUCUCGAUAAGACGGUCAACGAGUCGGAAUUGAAAAAGUUGUUCAACGGUUUCCCUGGUUUGAUUUCUGUCAAGAUCCCUACAGACUGUCAAACGGGUAAGUCUUUGGGAUACGGCUAUGUUAAUUAUUCCGACGAAAACCAGGCUAGUAUUGCAAUUGAAGCAUUGAAUUAUACCAAGCUGGGAAACAUGGAAAUGAGAAUCAUGCCCUCACUUAGAGAUAAGACUCAAAGGGAGAGAAUUGGAACCAAUAUCUUCUUGUCAAAUCUUUCCUCGUCGUUGACCACAAGAGCGCUUUACGAUAGGUUCAAAAAAUACGGGAAAAUACUAUCUUGCAAGUACAACGCUUCCAAACAACAGGCAUUCAUUCAUUUCGAAUCCAAGCAGGUUGCCUACGAGGUUGUAAAGGCUGUCAAUCAUACAACCAUGGAUGGGAAACUUGUGUAUGCUGGCGUCCACAUCUUAAAGAAAGACAGAGAUCUGUUUGGUGCUACCGCCAAUUCUGGUAGCAAAUUGGGCGAAAAGAAGGAUAUUUCUGAUAUUCCGGUUUUUUCACCAGCUACCAAACCAACUGAAACAAAAGAAGAACCAAGCACCCAGUUUUCUGUCUUCAUUCGUAACCUUCCAUUGGAUAUCGAACAGGAUGUGAUCAGAAGUCUAGUGGAGCCGUAUGGAGAGGUGAUUUCUGUUUUGGCCCGGAAAGUCCCAAGAAAGAAAGGUUGUUGGGCACUUGUCACUAUGACCAACCAGGAGUCGGUCAACAACGCUGUCUCGCACCUGAAUCUUGUGGAAAUCAAUAGGCAUCAAUUGUUUGUCACCCGUGCAAUUCCCAAAGAAGAUAAAGAGUACAGUCGAAAACAGGAAACGUACCCUAAACACAAGCUCAAAAUCUUGAUUACAGGAUUGAAUGUGAAUAUUCAUAAAGCAAAGUUCCAGGAGUGGUGCCUUACUUUUGGAUCCAUAAAAUCGGUCGAGCUGUAUGGAACCUAUCCCCAGGAGAGCCAUAAGAGUUUCACGGCUUAUGGCUACGUUGAGAUGGUUAACGAAGCUGAUGCGGAUCUUUUGAUCGAUAAUUUGAAGAUGCUGGGUGUUUAUUGCUUCAAGGUGAAAGUUGAAAUUCCACGCAAGGAAGUGGCAUCAACUUCGCCACACACGCCAUACAUUUCAAAAGCAGGGAUAGGUAAUGGAUCCACCUCUGGAAGCUACUUGGAUCCUUCCAAAAUGUACCAAUUAGCAGCAUUCACUAAAUCUGUGGAGAAUGAUAAGUUGCAUGGUAGCCAAAGCGUCGUGAAGGAUAGAUUUGAGCGGGAUACCCAAAGGCCCGAGCUAAGAAGCCAAAUCGAUAAGGUUAUUGGAGACUUUGCUACAGAUAUUCUUGGUAAGGAGCUCGUUUACAUCAAAAGCACUGGAGAACUAAACAUGCCCAAGAUCCACUCGUUAUCCGAGCAUAUCAUCAAGUUUUUCUGGUCCAACAAGAUCGAGUCGUUCUGGAAGUUCUUAGAAGCCAACCAUUCUCAAAACGAACAGAUCCAUCCGCUACUGAGAACCCAGAUAGUACAGAGUUCGAUGUACUUGGGAAUUGUGCCGAAGGAGUGA